GUUAAUUAUUUUCUUAGCUCCAUUCUACUUGUAUCUUCUCUGAUUUACUACUGUACUACUUCUCAGCCUUCUUCUCUGCAAGUCUCAUAUUUCGUAAUUUCUCCCAAUAAUAUAUACGAUGCAGCAUGAUUUGAGGAUUGGCAGAGUUUGAUUUGCUGGGAUUUUGUAGAUCGGCAGUCAUCAGGAUUAAUUAGAAGUUCGUUACUUUGCCAGGUUUGAUAAUGGGUUCUCAGUCUCAAUCCGCUUAUUGGGUCGGGGUCCAAAAAGUGCACGAUAUUGUUAAGUCACUUACCCUUGAUCAACAACGCGCCGUCAAGGACAUGGGAUUCGACGGCAUCUUAAGUGUGGAAAAUUUCAAUAUUGACGAAGAAUUUCUUGAAUUUCUUAUUGAUCUAGUGGACUACAAUAAUGUCUCCAUUAGCAUCCAAGGGGCUAAUCACCAAAUAACCCAUCAAGAUGUUGGUUCCAUCCUUGGCGUUCCAUCUAGUGGUUUCGAUGUUGAAGAGAUGAUAGGGUUAGAAGGCGGGAGUUACCCAGUCCCAGUUCGUGAUGGCAUGAUCGAUGCAGCCGCACUCGAAAAUAUGAUUGCACUAGAGAGAGGUGGUGCAACAGAUGCCUUCAAAACCUAUUUCCUCCUCUAUGUUGUUACAUAUUUUCUUGCUCCCGGACAUGGACUCAACAAGAAAUGGUCCAACAUUGCUCAACACUUACACAGGGUGGGUGAAAUGAACUGGAGUAAGUUUGUCCUAGACUGCCUUCUAGAUAGUAUCACCAGGGCAAGGCAAAUGAAACAGCAUGGUGUUGGGGGAUGCUUGGUGCUGUUGAUGAUUUAUUUCUUAGAGAAGUACAGAUUUCGGGGUGACAAAAGGGUUGACUACGAAUUGAGGCCUACCCCAAGAAUAAAAGAUUGGGGGAAGGAUGAGUUAGGCAACCGCAUUCGUGAAUUCAAGCGACAUGGCUUAAUACUUGCUUCUUCUACAGUUUAUUCAGUGAACAUAGCUGAGAGGGACAACACUGAAUUUAACCAUAUUGACGAUUAUUGCAAACAACAAUUCAGAGCAUUAGAAGCAAGGCAAAGAGACCAGCAGUCACAAAUGGAAAGUUUCAAAGAAGAUGUAACCCAGAAACUGGAUUCCAUUAUGGACUUACUACGCAACCCGAUGAGCCGUACUGCUAAUCCAAUUUCACCGUCCGAGGUUAAGGAACCCACUCAGAUAAAUCCAAAACAGAGUAUGGAUGUGGAUCGAGUUAAAAAGCGUAAAUGGGGUAGCGAUGACAAUCCGUUCCUGGAAUGGUUCUUUCAGGAGAAAAGAUCUGGGACAUACGUUAGCUUUGAGAAUGGCCAUGUCAACGGUGAUGGAUUGUAUUCACUUAGGCCUGGUGUUUGGAUUAUAGACGAGGUUAUAAACGCGCAUGAAUGUGUAUUGAGAUUCAAAGAUUGCGAUAAGGCUCCCAGAAAUCUGUACCUUCCAACAUAUUUUGCACAGCUACCCGAAGACGAGAGGUACAACGUUUUUCAAAGGUGUGUCGGCUCCAACCGUACCCUAUCUAGAUGUACUUCUAUAUACAUCCCGAUGAACAUGGAGAAUAGGCACUGGUACUUGAUAAGGGCAGACAUCCAGACAAAGGAAGCAGCAAUUUUUGACUCUUACCUUCAAAACAAGAAAGCCAAAACUCGUACUCAUGAGGCGGAGGAGGUCCUAAAAUCCCUGCACAAUUGCCUGAUAGAGCAUGCUAUGGUGGAUGAAUCAUUUUCAUACAGUGAUGACAAAAAUGGUGUUUGGAAAAUCUCAAUACCGGGUUGGGUGCCUCAGCAGAAAAAUGGUUAUGACUGUGGUGUUUUCGUCAUGCUUUUCAUGGAGCAGGGUAAAAAUUUAACACGCGAAACCAGAUUUGAGACUGAGAAGGAGAGGAGACGCAUUGCUUUACAACUUCUAUAUCACCCCGGGAACGAACGACGCUCCCAAGUAAUGAAAAUGUUGUCUUCUACUCUUGGUGGAGACCAGCUGGGUCUCGUCCACAAGAAAAACAAGGGAACACUUGGAUCAUGAUCCUUUAAUUUAUUGGUUGAAGCAUUGGCAUCGGCAUGUAAGAAAGCGCUCUCAUGGAUAAAGAAUACCUGGGGAAAUGGAUUGCCAAAAUUUAUUAUAGAGCAUCA